GCAGCGGGCAGAGGAGGAGGAAGGGGCCGUGAGAGCAGAGGAGGUGGCUGCUGCCUCAGUGAGGGCUCUCAGGGUCCUUGCCUGAGGCGGCCAGGGGUCUGGGUUUGGGGCAGGGGCUCUGGGAUGCAGCCCCCUUCACUGCUGCUGUUGUUGCUGUGUCACUCAGUCGUCGAGAGCAGAGCGCUGCACUGUGGGGGCUUCCCAGGACCCUGUGCCAACGGAGGCACCUGCCUGAACCUAUCUCAGGGACAAGGGACCUGCCAGUGUGCCCCUGGCUUCCUGGGCGAGACAUGCCAGUUUCCUGACCCCUGCGUGGAUGCCCAGCCCUGCCAGAAUGGGGGCAGCUGCCAAGCCCUGCUUCCCACCCUCCCAGGCUCCCCCAGCCUUCCCUCUCCUUUGGCCCCCAGCUUCUCCUGCACGUGCCCCUCUGGCUUCACUGGCCGGACAUGCCAGGCCCAGCUCCAGGACCCCUGUUCUUCCUUCUGCUCCAAAAUGGGCCGCUGCCACAUCCAGGCCUCAGGCCGCCCACAGUGCUCCUGCCUGCCUGGUUGGACAGGCGAGCAGUGCCAGGUUCACGACUUCUGCUCGGCCAACCCCUGCAUCAAUGGAGGGGUGUGUCUGGCCACACACCCCCAGAUCCAGUGCCUCUGCCCACCCGGCUUCGAGGGCCAUGCCUGCGAACACGAUAUCAACGAGUGUUUCCUGGACCCUGGACCCUGCCCCAAGGGCACUUCCUGCCAUAACACCCUGGGAUCUUUCUGGUGUUUCUGCCCCACUGGGCAGGAGGGUCCACACUGUGACCUUCAGCCAGGACCCUGCCCCGCUAGUGGCUGUUCCAAUGGGGGCACCUGUCAGCUGGUUCCCGGGAGAGACUCUACCUUCCAUCUCUGCCUCUGCCCCCAAGGUUUCACAGGCCCAGGCUGUGAGGUGAAUCCAGAUGACUGUGCUGGCCACCAGUGUCAGAAUGGGGGCACCUGCCAGGAUGGGCUGAGCACCUACGCCUGCCUCUGCCCAGAGGCCUGGACAGGCUGGGAUUGCUCUGAAGAUGUGGACGAAUGUGAGGCUCAGGGUCCUCCUCGCUGCAGAAACGGGGGAACCUGCCAGAACUCGGCUGGCAGCUUCCACUGCGUGUGUGUGAGCGGCUGGGGGGGCGUGGGCUGCGAAGAGAACCUAGAUGACUGCCUUGCCGCUACCUGUGCCCCAGGAUCCACCUGCAUUGACCGCGUGGGCUCCUUCUCCUGCCUCUGCCCACCUGGCCGCACAGGACUCCUGUGCCACAUGGAGGACAUGUGCCUGAGCCAGCCGUGCCACAGGGAAGCCCAGUGCAGCACCAACCCCCUGACGGGCUCCACACUCUGCCUGUGUCAGCCUGGCUACUCAGGGCCCACCUGCCACCAGGACCUGGACGAGUGUCAGAUGGCCCAGCAAGGCCCCAGUCCCUGUGAACACGGCGGCUCUUGCCUCAACACCCCUGGCUCCUUUGACUGCCUCUGUCCCCCUGGCUACACGGGCUCCCGCUGCGAGGCUGAUCACAAUGAGUGCCUGUCCCAGCCCUGCCACCCUGGCAGCACCUGCCUGGACCUGCUUGCCACCUUCCACUGUCUCUGCCCACCAGGCUUGGAAGGGCAGCUGUGUGAGGUGGAGACAGACGAGUGUGCCUCGGCUCCGUGCCUGAACCGGGCGGACUGCCACGACCUGCUCAACGGCUUCCGGUGUGAGUGCCUGCCCGGAUUCACUGGCUUGCAGUGUGAGGAGGACAUCAACGAGUGUGGGAGCUCUCCCUGUGCCAAUGGGGGGCAGUGCCAGGACCAGCCCGGAUCCUUCCAUUGCGAGUGUCUCCCAGGCUUUGAAGGCCCACGCUGUCAGGCAGAGGUGGACGAGUGCCUGAGCGGCCCAUGCCCCGCUGGAGCCAGCUGCCUGGAUCUCCCCGGAACCUUCUUUUGCCUCUGCCCCUCUGGCUUCACAGGUCAUCUCUGUGAGGUUCCCUUGUGUGCCCCCAACCUGUGCCAGCCCAGGCAAGAGUGCUAUGAUCAGGAGGACAAGGCCCACUGCCUCUGCCCCAACGGGAGCCCCGGCUGUGCCCCCAUUGAAGACAACUGCACCUGCCACCAUGGGCGCUGUCACAGAUCCUCGUGUGUGUGUGAUGUGGGCUGGACAGGACCAGAAUGUGAAGCAGAGCUGGGGGGCUGCAUCUCCAUACCCUGUGCCCAUGGGGGGACCUGCCACCCCCAGCCCUCUGGCUACAACUGUACCUGCCCCCCAGGCUACACAGGGCCUACCUGCGGCGAGGAGGUGACAGCUUGUCACUCAGGGCCCUGUCUCAACGGUGGCUCCUGUAACCCCAGGCCUGGGGGCUAUUCCUGCACCUGCCCUCUGAGCCACACUGGGCCCCGCUGCCAGACCAGCACUGACCACUGUGCCUCUGGCCUGGCACCUCCUCCUGCCUCUGUGCUGCGGGUUUCCAGGGCCCACGCUGUGAGGAAAGGACCCGUCCCAGCUGUGCAGACAAUUCCCCAUCUCACCACCAUGUCCCACACGCCCUCCCUUUUGAUUGCCCGGACUUCCUCCCACUGUGCCCUGUGCCUGUCCUGUUCCAGCCCCUGUAGGAACAGGGCAACCUGCCAAGAUGGCCCUCAGGGUCCCCACUGCCUCUGCUCCCCUGGCUACACGGGAGGCAGCUGCCAGACUCUGAUGGACUUAUGUGCCCAGAAGCCCUGUCUACACAAUUCCUACUGCCUCCAGACUGGGCCCUCCUUUCAGUGCCUAUGCCUCCAAGGAUGGACCGGGCCUCUCUGCAACCUGCCACUGUCCUGUCAGAAGGCCGCUCUGAGCCAAGGCACAGAAGUUUCUUCCCUGUGCCAGAAUGGAGGCCUCUGCAUCGACAGUGGCUCUUCGUAUUUCUGCCGCUGCCCUCCUGGAUUCCAAGGCGGUAUAUGCCAGGACAGAGUGAACCCAUGUGAGUCCAGGCCCUGCCAGCACGGGGCCACCUGCAUAGCCCAGCCCAGUGGGUAUCUCUGCCAGUGUGCCCCAGGCUACAGUGGACAGAACUGCUCGAAGGAAUCCAAUGCUUGUCAAUCCCAGCCCUGUCACAACCAUGGGACCUGCAUCCCCAAACCUGGAGGCUUCUCCUGCACCUGCCCUCCAGGCUUUGUGGGGCUGCGCUGUGAGGGGGACGUAGACGAGUGUCUGGACCAGCCCUGCCACCCCACAGGCACGGCAGCCUGUCACUCUCUGGCCAAUGCCUUCUACUGCCAGUGUCUGCCUGGAUACACAGGCCAGUGGUGUGAAGUGGAGACAGACCCCUGCCAGAGCCAGCCCUGCUCCCAUGGGGGGUCCUGUGAGACUACAGUGGGACCACCCCUGGGCUUCACCUGUCACUGCCCCCAGGGUUUUGAGGGCCCCACCUGCAGCCACAGAGCCCCCUCCUGCGGCCUCCAUUACUGCCACCAUGGUGGCCUGUGUCUGCCCUCCCCCAAGCCUGGCUUCCCACCCCACUGUGCCUGCCUCAAUGGCUACGGGGGCCCUGACUGCCUGACCCCACCAGCUCCUCACGGCUGUGGCCCUCCUUCUCCAUGCCUACACAAUGGCAGUUGCUUAGAGACCCCUGGGCUGGGGGCCCCAGGUUUCCGAUGCUCCUGCCCUCCCAGCUCUCCAGGGCCCCGGUGUCAGAGGCCCGGAGCAAAGGGAUGUGAAGGCAGAGGUGGAGAUGGGGCCUGUGACGCUGGCUGCAGCGGCCCUGGAGGAAAUUGGGAUGGGGGAGACUGCUCCCUGGGGGUCCCAGACCCCUGGAAGGGCUGCCCCUCCCACUCCCGGUGUUGGCUUCUCUUCCGGGAUGGGCAGUGCCACCCGCAGUGCGACUCUGCAGAGUGUUUGUUUGAUGGCUACGACUGUGAGACUCCUCCGGCCUGCACUCCAGCCUAUGACCAGUACUGCCACGAUCACUUCCACAACGGGCACUGCGAGAAAGGCUGCAACACUGCCGAAUGUGGCUGGGAUGGGGGUGACUGCAGGCCUACAGAUGGGGAUUCAGAAUGGGGGCCCUCCCUGGCCCUGCUGGUGGUGCUGAGCCCCCCAGCCCUGGACCAGCAGCUGCUGGCCCUGGCCCGGGUCCUAUCCCUGACUCUGAGAGUGGGGCUCUGGGUAAGGAAGGAUAGUGAUGGCAAGGACAUGGUGUACCCCUAUCCUGGGGCCCAGGCCGAAGAGGAGCUAGGAGGAGCCCUGGACCCCUCACAUCAGGAGAGAGCAACCCCUCACACACAGCCUGUGGGCAAGGAGACGGACUCUCUCAGCACCGGGUUUGUGGUGGUGAUGGGUGUGGAUUUGUCCCGCUGUGGCCCUGACCACCCUGCAUCCCGCUGUCCCUGGGAUCCUGGGCUCCUGCUCCGCUUCCUGGCCGCCAUGGCGGCAGUGGGGGCCCUGGAGCACCUGCUGCCGGGCCCCCUGCUGGCUGCCCAUCCUCGUGCUGGCACCGCACCACCCACCAACCAGCUUCCCUGGCCUGUGCUGUGCUCACCAGUGGCCGGGGUGCUUCUCCUGGCCCUUGGGGCUCUUCUCGUCCUUCAGCUCAUCCGGAGGCGGCGCCGAGAGCACGGGGCCCUCUGGCUGCCCCCUGGGUUCAUUAGAAGGCCUCGAACUCAGCCAGCUCCCCGCAGACGCCGGCCUCCCCUGGGUGAAGACAGCAUUGGCCUCAAGGCACUGAAGCCAGAUGCAGAAGUUGAUGAGGAUGGAGUUGUGAUGUGCUCAGGCCCCGAGGAAGGAGAGGAGGUGGGCCAGGCUGAAGAAACGGCCUCACCCUCCAAGUGCCCGCUCUGGCCUCUGAGCGGUGACUGUCAGGAGCUCCCCCAGGCAGCCAUGCUGACUCCUCCCCAGGAAUCGGAGAUGGAUGUCCCUGACGUGGACACCCGUGGACCCGAUGGGGUGACACCCCUGAUGUCAGCAGUUUGCUGUGGGGGAGUGGAGUCCAGGACCUUCCAGGGGUCAUGGUUGGGAAGCCCUGAGCCCUGGGAACCCCUGUUGGGUGGAGGGGCCUGUCCCCAGGCUCACACUGUGGGCACUGGGGAGACGCCCCUACACCUGGCUGCCCGAUUCUCCCGGCCAACCGCUGCCCGCCGCCUCCUUGCGGCUGGAGCCAACCCCAACCAGCCAGACCGAGCAGGGCGCACCCCUCUUCACACCGCUGUGGCUGCUGAUGCUCGGGAGGUUUGCCAGCUCCUACUCCGCAGCAGACAGACUGCAGUGGAUGCACGGACAGAGGACGGGACAACAGCCCUGAUGCUGGCCGCCAGGCUGGCGGUGGAGGACCUGGUUGAAGAACUGAUCGCAGCCCAAGCAGAUGUGGGGGCGAGAGAUAAAUGGGGAAAAACCGCGCUGCACUGGGCCGCCGCCGUGAACAACGCCCGGGCCGCCCGCUCCCUUCUCCAGGCCGGAGCCGAUAAAGACGCCCAAGACAGCAGGGAGCAGACGCCCCUGUUCCUCGCGGCCCGAGAAGGGGCGGUGGAGGUAGCUCAACUGCUGCUGGGCCUGGGAGCAGCCCGGGGACUGCGGGACCAGGCUGGGCUAGCGCCCGGGGACAUCGCCCGCCAGCGCAACCACUGGGAUCUGCUGACGCUGCUGGAGGGGGCGGGGUCACUGGAGGCGCAUCACAAAACCACGCCGGGCCGGGGGGCGGGCCCCUUACCCCGCUCGCGGACCGCGUCGGGAAGCUUGCCCCCGCGUGGGGGCGGGGCUCUGUCGCGCUGCCGGACGCUGUCGGCCGGAGCCGGCCCGCGUGGGGGCGGAGCAUGUCUGCAAGCCCAGACUUUGUCCGUAGAAUGGGCCGCGCGUGGGGGCGGAGCCUACUCUCAUUGCCAGAGUCUUUCGAAAGGAGGAGCAGGAGGCGGCCUGCCCCCCGGAGCCCGUAGGUUUUCUGCAGGCAUGCGCGGGCCUCGGCCCAACCCAGCGAUAGUGCAAGGAAGAUCCGGGGUCGCUUCCGGGAGCGGGGGUAUGGCCUCGGCUGAUGACUGGCCCUGCGAUUGGGUGACCCUGGGAACCUGCGGCCCCACCUCCAACACUCCGAUCCCGCCUCCCUGUCUUACGCCGUCCCCGGAGCGGGGAUCCCCUCAAGUUGCCUGGGGUCCCCCGACCCACCAAGUAAUACCUUUAAACGCGGGAGGCGAGUGUCAAAAAUAGGACGCUACGUGACAGGGAGGGAUUCUGAAAGUGGGCACCCAUUAUAGGACAGUCUGGAAAGACUCCAGAUUUUAAGAUCCUGAAGCCCCAAAAGUGAGGGGUCAUGAGUAUGCUGUCCUCCCCAAAUGAAUGUUUGCCCACUCCGUCUUCCACGUAGAGAAACUGCAGCCCUGGAAAAAGGGUUUAGGGUGCUGGAAUGACGAGGGCCCAGCCCUUCUCCCAGAAAAUAAGGGUGAGAGGCUACCGAAGGGUGAAGUGGAACUGGGGAAGUACCUCUGAACUGGAACCAGUAACUGCAGACAUAUAGGAUGUAAGACGUUCUUUCCUGUAUAUGGUAUCCAAAGGAAGCCUCUAUCACCCAUUACAGCCACCUCCCACAAAUGGCUGACAAAUAUUUAUUGAGUGCCCACUAUGUGCCAGGCACUGGUGUAGGUGCUGAAGUUGGGGGGGGGCAGGGACCACUCCGGCUGAUGAUUCCUUGCACUCUCCCCACUUUCCUCCUCAACAAACCAUCGCAGGGAUGAGGCGCCAUUCUUCUGGUCACCACUGUAUUUAAGAAAAACUGUCAACCCAUAAUAAAGCUUAUUUGAAGUCAACCUUUUUUUGGAUGAGUUGAGUGGAAUGGGAAAAAAUAUGGAAAUGACUGCAUAGUGUUUUCCGAAUUUUGUGCCCUAAGGUCAAAGUCAUCCCUUUGGAUGGAGCUUUAAGUACAGUUCAAUAACAAGAAUAAGUAGAUUUGGGGGUACUGUGUUAAUUUAAAGUAUCAUCUGAAGGCAGGAAUCUCUCAUAGCCCAGGGAGAAACCACACACACACACACACACACACACACACACACAC